AUGUCAUUACUUUUAUCAAGUAAAGAUGGAAAGAGACUAUCAAGAACGAUUGAUUAUUCAGAAUUAAAGUUUGAUGAUCAUGAUCAAGUUGGUAGUGGUGGCUUUGGUAAAGUAUUUGCUGGAUUCCUCAAUGGCAAAAAGAUUGGUAUCAAGAAAAUGACCAUUCAUGAAAAUGAUCCAAAUAAGGAUAAAUUAUUAAAAUUUAUUGAAAGAGAGAUUUAUACUUUAAAAAUGUUUUCACAUCCAAAUGUAAUACAAUUUUAUGGAAUUGCAGAAAAGGAGAGAUCAUUAUUUCUACUUACUGAAUUGGUAAAUGGAGGUGAUUUACAUUGGUAUAUAAAGAAUCAAUCCAUUCAAAUGACAUGGAGAUUAAAAUUAUUGGUUGCACGUGAUAUUGCAUCGGCAAUGGAUUAUUUACAUGCCAAUAAUGUCAUUCAUCGUGACCUAAAAUCUACCAAUCUUUUGGUCUCUGAAAAUUGGACAAUCAAAGUUUGUGAUUUUGGUUUGGCUAGAAAAAUGACAAAAAGUAAAAGUAAAAUGACUAUUUGUGGUACUGAUGAUUGGAUGGCACCAGAAGUAUUAAUUGGAGAAGAAUAUGAUAAAUCAUGUGAUGUAUUUUCAUUUGGAGUAGUAUUGAUUGAAUUAAUUACAAGAAUUAGUUUGUCACCACGUAUACGUGAUGAAAAUCUAGGUAUUGAUCAAGCAUUUAUCAAAACAAAGGUACCACGAGAUUGUCCAAAUGAUUUUUUGGAUUUGGUAUUUCAUUGUUGUCGAACCAAACCUUCUCUAAGACCAACCUUUUCACAGGUAGAACAACUUUUAAAUUAUUUAUUGGAUCAUUUACCAGAUUUGGGUGAACCUGAUCUACCACCUCUCCGAACUUUUAAACCACCAGAAUUAACUCUUCAUCAUCUAUCAGAAAAUGGUCAAUUUUCUUUUCCAAGACCUUAUGUUGCUACUGUCAUUAAAAAUAAUCAAUUAAAUAAUAAUAAUAAUAAUAGUAAUAAUAAUUCAGAUAAAUUUUCAUUUCCAAGACCUUAUGUUGAAAGUAUUAAUAAUAACAGUAAUAAUAAUAACAGUAAUAAUAAUAGUAAUAAUAAUUCAGAUAAAUUUUCUUUUCCAAGACCAUACAUUCCUGAAAAUGAUCAAGAUAAUAAUAAUAAUAUAAAUAAUAACAAGGUAUCAAAUUUUUCAUUCCCACGUCCAUAUCAAGGUGAUGAUGAUGAAAUAGAAAUAGAUACACAUAUAGAUAAUAAUAAUAAUAAUAAUGAAUCAAUAUCAAAUUUAUCAUUCCCAACUCCAUAUCAAGAAUUACAAAUAGAUCAAGAACCUGAUAAUUUUAUAAAUUCAAUUGUAAAUUUCCAAGAUUCUGAAUUACUUUCCUUUCCAAGACCAUAUCAAUCGGAAGAGGAAAUUGAAAGACAUAGGCAAAUGGGAGAACCAAAAAAAUUACUUUUACAAACAGAUUAUAGUUUUCCAAGACCUUGGAAUCCUGAAAUCGAUGGUAAUCUAAGUAAUUUUAAAGAUUCAAAUGUACAGGAUAAAUUAAAAGCAACAACCAAUAAUGAACCAACAACAACAACAACAACAACACUAAUAAUAAUAGAAGAGGAAAAACCAUAUAAACCAAAAUCACCUAAUCUAUCAAGACAAGACAAGUUUAUAGUAUCAUCAACUACAACAACUAUAGUUGAUAAAAAACCAACAAAAUUAUGUGCAACUUUAUCUGUUUCAAUACCAACCACGACGUCAUCAUCAACAUCAACAACAAAUAUUGUACAAGACAUUUCAAAUUCACCACCACCAAAAACAUUACAAGAUAGAAUCAAAAAAUUAUUACAUCAAAAUAAUAGAAUUGAAGUGAAAAAGGAAUCACCAACUAUUAGUCGUAGAAAAAGUGUAAUUCAACAACAACAACAAAAUAACAACAAUGUAGAUAGUAAAAAAAAAACAACACAAUCAGAUUUAUCCAUUUCCUCUUCGUCCUCUAUUGGUAAUGGACAUCAAUCAAGUAAUUUAGUAGGUGUAUCUUCACCUCCAACAUCACCAAAUGGUAGAAGUACUGGUACAAAUGGUAGUGGAUCAUUAAUUUCAUCAGCUAGAGAUAUUAUUAGAAAAUAUGAAGAAAUUAGUUUAAAGACUGGUGGUAGCGGAAAUGGUGGUAGUGGUGGAUCACCAGCAGUAUCACCAAAAUCAUCUUUAAAUAAUAAUAACCAAUCAACAUCAUUUAUUUCUACCUCUUCAUUCCCACCAAGUAGACCAACAUUGGAAAGAAAAUUAGGUCAACCUAUUAUUGGUUCAUCAAAAUCAAUUCAAACUCCAAAAUAA